GAGUCGGGUUACAGACUUUGUGCUGGUUCAAUAAAAGUUACCUCAGCAUGAUACAGCCUGGUGUGUGACUCUGUGAUUGAGCAGAAGAGAGGAGCCUGGUGUGUGACUCUGUGAUUGAGCAGAAGAGAGAAGCCUGGUGUGUGACUCUGUGAUUGUGCAGAAGAGAGGAGCCUGGUGUGUGUGACUCUGUGAUUGAGCAGAAGAGAGAAGCCUGGUGUGUGACUCUGUGAUUGUGCAGGAGAGAGGAGCCUGGUGUGUGUGACUCUGUGAUUGUGCAGAAGAGAGGAGCCUGGUGUGUGAUUCUGUGAUUGUGCAGAAGAGAGGAGCCUGGUGUGUGACUCUGUGAUUGUGCAGAAGAGAGAAAUUUUGAAAACCGCAAAUUCCUCUUCCAAGAAGUGCAGUCGCCUGCCCGUAGCUGCCGGUCUCCAGUGAAUACAUCCUGCUUUGCUGCUCCCCAGUCCAUAUUGCACAGAUAAUGUACAGACUGCGAUACGUACUCCAGACCCACCCCUGGGCCACGAACGUAGCGGCGUACAGCACCCUAUUCGCCGGGGCGGACCUGCUCCAGCAGUGCAUGCUGGGAGACAAGGAGGCGGGACCCCAGGGGGAGGCGGAGCCUCUUUCGAAGGGCGUGGUCGCUGGACAGGAAGCGCUCUGGUCAAGGGUGGACUUCUCCCAAACAGCCAAAGUGGCUUUGAUUGGAUUCUGCUUCCAUGCCAACUUCAAUUUCUAUUGGUUGAGAGCUUUGGAGAGGGGGUUUCCAGGGGGAGGAGCUAGAAACGUUGGGAAAAAAGUGGUUGUUGAUCAACUGGUGGCGGCUCCAGCGACCAUCACUGCGUUUUAUACUGGUUUGAGUGUUCUGGACAGAAAGGAGGACGUUUUUGAGGACCUGAGAAAUAAAUUCUGGCCGUCCUACCAGACUGGGCUUGUGUACUGGUCAGCCGUGCAGGCAGUCAACUUCUCCCUCGUUCCCCCUGUCGUACGGACCGCCUUCAUCGGAGGCUGUGCCUUCGUAUGGACCGCUUUCCUGUGCUAUCUCAGGCAGCACGAUACAGACCGAGGCCUGCAGGCCUUACUCCGGUCCAUAUCGAACUGUAUCAGCCCUGCCAGGGGCGACAGGGCCAAGCUGGAGAAAUAAAACACAGCAAACACUGAGAGCAUUGCAGCACAGAGUACACCAGACCCUAAACACAGCAAACACUGCGAGCAUUGCAGCACAGUGUACACCAGACCCUAAACACAGCAAACACUGAGAGCAUUGCAGCACAGAGUACACCAGAC